AUGAAUCAGAUGCUGGUCACUGAGUUCCUCAUCUUGGGAUUCUUCCAAAGCCCUAGCCUGCAAAUGCUGUUCUUUCCUGCCUUCCUCCGCCUCUACACAGCUGCCCUUUCAGGAAACCUGCUUAUUGUGGUAGCCAUCAGUUCCAGCCCAGCUCUGCAUACUCCCAUGUAUUUCUUUCUUACUAACCUGGCCCUGGUGGACAUCCUCUGCACCUCCACCAUCCUGCCCAAGCUGCUGAGCAGCAUGGUGACAAGGAAGACCAUCUCCUAUGGGGGCUGCAUGGCACAGCUCUUCUUCACAUGGUCACUGGGGGCUGAGCUGCUGCUCUUCUCAGCCAUGACCUAUGACCAUUAUGUGGCCAUCUGCCAGCCACUGCACUAUAGUGCAUUGAUGGGGCCCUGGGCAUAUACAUUCCUGGCUGGGGUCGUGUGGGCCAUCAGCCUCACCAACACCUCUGUGCACACAGGCCUCAUGAUGCACCUGCCCUUUUGCAAAUCCAACGUGGUUGAACACUUUUUUUGUGAGAUCCCCCCACUUCUGAAACUCUCCUGCUCCCCAACUCACCUGAAUGAGGUCAUGGUCUUUGCAGCGGACUUGUUAGUGGCUGUGGGGAAUUUCUCUGUGACAGUCCUCUCCUAUGGUUUCAUUGUCACCAGCAUCCUCCACAUCUGGUCUGCUGAAGGCAAGUGGAGAGCCUUCUCUACCUGCUCCUCCCACCUGCUGGUGGUCUCCAUGUACUACUCUACUGUCAUCUACACCUACAUUCAUCCUACAUCCAGCUACACACUGAACAAGGACAAGGUGGUGUCGGUCAUCUACACAUCUGUGGCACCCACCUUGAACCCCCUCAUCUACCCUCUGAGAAACAAAGACAUCAAAGUAGCACUCAGGAGACUUCUGUCCUGCAGCUGA